UGGGGGGGGGAGAAAGACGUUGUUUUUGACGCAGGAAAGACACAGAUCUUGUCUUUUCGAGAGAAGGCAAUUUUAAGUACGUCAUUAAUAUGGCGCCAAAAGAUUUUGAAGUAUGAGCUGUUUGGGUGCCAGGUCCUGGGGUGCACACCAGUGCCAAAAAGGGGGGUCAAACCCCCUGCUCCCGUGGAGAGGCAUCUGAUCGGUGGGAAAUGCCAUUACGAUUUGCAAUACAAGAUGUAGCUGCUGGCCAAAUAAUGUGGAAAAGUAGACAUAUUCGUUGAAAAGACCAGAAGAUUGUAUUACAAAGAUCUCUGGAUGGAUAAUGAAAUGUUGAAACGGAGGAAGUAUUCCACCAGCAGCGAGGACUCAGAUACCACUGACAGUCACAAAACAUCAUGGUCCAGAUGCUCCAAAACCACAAAAAAUCCCUGGAUAAGACAGGAGGAGAAGAAACCUUCAGAGGUUUUUCGAACGGAUCUGAUCACUGCCAUGAAGCUCCCCGAGUCCUACCAGCUGAACCCAGACGAUUACUACAUACUGGCUGAUGCCUGGCGACAGGAAUGGGAGAAGGGGGUUCAGGUGCCUGCCAAUUCCGAGUCGAUUCCUGAACCAGUGGUAAGGAUCUUACCAGAAUUUGAGAAAAUACUUCUGGCUCCAAAGGAACACUUGUUUGAGUCUUUGACCGUCUUUGACUCCUCCGAGUCUGGCUACGUGGACAUGAAGCCGCCUCCGAGGAACUCAUGUCGGUACGACCUCGACGAGGUUGACGUUUGCUGGUUGGAACUAGUGAAUGGAGAAUUCAGAGACGCAGGAAUGCCUGAGGUUGACGAACUGACGAUGGAAUGGAUCAUGGAAGAGUUGGAAAAUCAGUGCCAAGAGAACAUGAACCUGGCGAUCGAGACGGAGGAGGGACUCGGGAUUGAAUACGAUGAGGAUGUGGUGUGUGAUGUGUGCCGAUCCCCGGAAGGAGAGGAUGGCAACGAAAUGGUUUUCUGCGACAAAUGUAACAUCUGCGUUCAUCAGGCUUGUUAUGGAAUCUUGAAGGUGCCCCUUGGUAGCUGGUUGUGUCGGACGUGUGCCCUGGGCGUCCAGCCGAAAUGUUUGCUGUGUCCUAAGAGAGGAGGAGCUUUGAAGCCAACGCGCAGUGGUACCAAGUGGAUCCAUGUUAGCUGUGCCUUAUGGAUACCUGAAGUAAGUAUUGGUUGCCCUGAGAAGAUGGAGCCCAUUACAAAGGUGUCACACAUUCCUGCUAGCAGAUGGGCUUUGGCAUGCAGCCUGUGCAAUGAACGGACUGGAACAUGUAUUCAGUGCUCGAUGGCUUCCUGUAUAACGGCAUUCCACGUGACAUGCGCUUUUGACCGCAGUCUGGAAAUGAGGACGAUUCUCGCGGAGAACGACGAGGUCAAGUUCAAGUCCUACUGCCUGGAGCACAGCAGCACCUUUGCAGGCAUUGCCUCCGUCAAGCGGGAAGAGGCCCGGCAGUCCACCACGGGCACGGCCGACAUGAAGCAGAGCGAGCACGACCUGCUGAAGGCCAGCCUGCGGAAACAGAAGCUGCAGCAGCUGGAGGAGGGCUUCCACGAACUGGUGAAGCCCCCAGAUGUGGCCCAGCAGCUGCACAUGUCCGAAGUCCCGGUGGAGUUUUUCUACCAUUACUGGCAGCUCAAGAGGAAGUCCAACUUUAACCGGCCGCUCCUAGCUCCCAAAACAGACGAGGUGGACAAUCUGGCCCAGCAGGAGCAGGACGUAUUAUACCAACGCCUGAGGCUCUUCACACACCUCCGUCAGGAUCUUGAACGGGUUAGAAAUUUGUGUUACAUGGUGACACGGAGAGAGAAGAUGAAACGAUCAGUCUGCAAACUUCAGGAGCAAAUAUUCCACCAUCAAACCAAACUGAUCGAAGAGGAUCUGAAUCGAGGAUGUCCGGGGAAAAGAAACAAAGGAAAAGUGGGCGAAACCAAGGAGCGUGGGAAAGACAAACAGAAGAGCAGUCAUGAGAAGAAAGGCAAGUUAAAGAGUGAAACAGGGUCCUUAUUGAAGCACCUCGGCUCCAUUCCAUUAGAUGGGGAACUUCUGAAAAAUUGGCUGACACAGACUGUUCAGGUUAAGACAGAAAACCUCCUGAGCCACUGGUCAUUAAAUAGCAGUCCAGGAACCGAGGAGACAACAAGCUUCCUCUCGAAUGAACUGCUACAGGACGAACAGUCGUUACUAAGCAUUGGUGCCAUGAACCGUGCCACAGAUGCUCCAGCAGAACCAUCCUACACUCCUAAGAAAAAGUCCAGACACAAACCACGGGAAAACAGCAAUCCUAAAUCCUUAAAGGAUCGCACCAGCAUCGUUCAACCCAAGAGUCUACACAAGAAGCAGAUUGACCAUCCACAGGAUGGCAUCUUCUGGCCUGAUUCUCCCAAUGAACUUCAAAGCCAAGAUAUUUGCACAGAAGACUUAAAAGCGCUGGGUUCAAAGACCAAUGGGAGUCACAAGAAGGCCAGCGAAGUGAGAAAGUCCAACAAGAAGCAGGGCUCUCAUCAUUCCUGCUCCAAGACAGCUCUUCCCAGUACAUCACCGAAUGGGAAUACUGGUCAGAUCGGUGAAACAUUGGAUUAUUUUGUCUCUGCUUCGCCCAAACCCAGCUCUUCAGUUAAAGUGCCUAACACGUCCACAAGCCCCAAGUCGUGGGUAAGUUUCAAAAUUCCAAAAGCAAGCAACAGGAAGUCGCAAGUGCAGAAGCAGGAUUUGGGGAAUGGGUUCGGACAGAGAGAAAUGUGUUCGGACAGAGAGAAAAGGCCCAAAGAGCCAACAAAGGUCAAACUGCUCUUUGAAAACGAGACAGACGGCUACUUCUCUGAUGCUGAAAUGAGUGACUCGGACACAGAGUCCUCCGGUGACAGGAGCCUUCAGCGGCUGAAUGCAGAUAAUGUGGUUGUCCACCGGAAAUGCGGUGGUGAGGUGAACACAGAGUUUAUUCCAAGUAAAGUCGCUUCAUUGCUUUAAGGAUCACACUGCCUGCCGAGUAGUUUCUUCCGUCAUAUGUACUCAUUACAGGAAACGCAAAGGAAGAGGAUUCGUGUCGGUUUGUCUGCGUUGAGUUGCUUCCUACACCACAUGUAAAAUAACACAACUCAACACGAACCGCAGGAGAUCACACAACUGUGGCGAGAUGGAGGCCUUCUGUGUCUUUUGUUUCAAAGGAAAAGUGAUGUGCCAUUUGUUAAUAAUAAUAAAAAAAAAGAGAAUAAUGGAGAUGAUAUAUAUAUAAA